UUUGGUGAAAGAUGAGUGCUUCAAAUGUUACCGGCACUAGCGCCGCCGCCGCCGGCGGGCCAUGCGGGGCAUGCAAGUUUUUGAGAAGGAAGUGUGCGGCGGGUUGCGUGUUUUCGCCGUAUUUCGAGUCGGAGCAAGGGGCGGCGCAUUUCGCGGCGGUUCACAAGGUGUUUGGAGCUAGUAACGUAUCGAAGCUCCUCCUACAUAUUCCGGUUCAGAAGCGGCUCGACGCGGUCGUUACUAUUUGUUACGAGGCUCAGGCCCGACUUCGGGACCCAGUUUAUGGCUGUGUUGCCCAUAUCUUUGCUCUACAACAACAGGUAGUGAAUCUGCAAGCAGAACUCUCUUACCUGCAGGCCCAUCUCGCCGCCUUUGAGAUUCCAACUCCGCCACCGGCGCUGCCGCCGCCGCUCACACCGCCGCCGCCGGCCUUACUAUCCAUAUCAGACUUGCCAACAGUUUCAGCAGUUCCAUCAACAUAUAAUCAUGACUUGUCAUCCAUAUUUGAUUCUACGCUGCACCCUACUUGGACGAUGAAUCACCAGUGCCGGGAACUCGACACGUGUCACUUUUCUACCGCCGCCGGAGCUCCGCCGGAAGUACAUUCAUCUGCCGUCGGCGGUCUUCAUGAGUUGGACGCACCGCCCUAUUUACAAAAAUCAAGAUCCAAUUUUGAAAUUUAG